ACACCAGCAGCAGGCUGAGAACAAAACCAACAAAACGGUUUCAUUCUGCUUCAAAAAUCAAAAGUCACCUGCAAAUUCGCUCUCUUCGUGUUCUUCUUCUUUCUAUUGAGAAUGGAAGACCAAGGUGGUGGUGGUGGCACGAAACAGACGAACAAUGCGUACGUGGACACGUCGAAAGCGGAGAGAGCAGUGUGGCUGAUGAAGUGUCCUCCCCUCGUCUCUCGCUGCCUCCGCGCCCCUCCCUCCGACCCCUCUCGCCCCGUCGCCAAGGUCGUUGUCUCUAUCGACCCUCUCAACUCCAACGACGACGAUUCUCCUCCUCAGUUUACAAUGGAGUUGGCUGGAACUGAAGCUGGACAUAUACCCAGAUGUUAUGUUAUGGAUAUGUCUAAAGACUUCAUUCCCAUGUCUGUGUUUUCAGACACACAGCAAGGAAAGAUCUCUGUGGAGGGAAAAAUACUGAACAAGUUUGACAUGAGGCCCCAUAAUCAAAACCUUGAACUCUAUGGGAAACUCUGCCGGGAAAGGACAAACAAGUAUAUGGUCAAAAGUAGACAGAUUCAGGUUAUUGACAAUGAUAGUGGGGCACAUAUGAGGCCAAUGCCAGGGAUGAUCAGUUUUUCAACUUCUGGGCCCCCUGAAAAGAAGAAAACUCCUGCUAAAGCAACCGAUACAAAGAGAACAAGAAGAGAUCGUGGGGAGAUGGAAGAGAUUGUGUUUAAGCUAUUUGAACGGCAAUCUAAUUGGAGUUUAAGAAACCUCAUACAAGAAACCGACCAACCUGAACAAUUUCUGAAAGAUAUACUAAAAGACCUUUGUGUCUACAACAACAAAGGAACUAAUCAAGGCACGUAUGAAUUGAAGCCUGAAUACAGAAAAUCUGGAGAUUAAGCGACCUUCAAAUUUUGCUAUAUCACAAUUUAUUUGUGUUCCUUAGUCGGAAAGCAGAACUAGAUUAAUUUUUGAACAAUUUACGGUGUUAUUGCAAAAUUAACAAAAAUUACAAUGUGAAAUUGCUCCGAAACUGGCAAAUGGCACGAGAGGUUGAUUUGUGCUGUGCAUUGAAUUUCCUAAACUUUUUCUGAAACAUAAUUAAGUGUAUGGAACUUUGGAUACUUGUAAGUCAUUGGAUGCAUUUUUACUACUUCAAAGGUUGUAGAUGUUUAUAGUCAUUAAGUUUACGCAACUUUGGAUACAUGUAAGUCAUUGGAUGCAUUUCUACUGCUGCAAAGGUUGUAGAUGUUUAUAGUCA